AUGGUCAAGGAGACCAAGCUUUACGACUCAUUAGGCAUUUCAGAAACCGCGACGCAAGAUGAGAUCAAGAAAGCAUACCGCAAGGCGGCGCUAAAAUGGCACCCCGACAAGAACAAGGACAACCCGCAAGCUAUGGAGAAGUUCAAAGAAUGCUCACAGGCCUACGAAAUCCUCUCCGAUCCCGAGAAGCGCAAGACCUAUGACCAGUACGGCCUCGAAUUCAUACUACGCGGCGGCGUACCACAAGAAGAAGGCGCGGGCCCCGGGGCCAAUCCGUUUGCAGGUGCAGGAGGUGCAGGAGGUGCAGGAGGCUUCCCUUUUGCAUCGUCCGGCGGAAUGCCCGGUGGCACACGAUCCUUCCAUUUCUCCACGGGCGGCGGUGGAAACGGCUUCAACUUCUCCAGCGCUGACGACAUAUUCGGAGAAUUCAUGCGCAACAGCGGCGGCGGCGGUGAUGAGUUCGAUUUUGGUGGCUUUGGUAUGGGCGGCAUGCCUGGCGGAAUGGGAGGUAUGGGCGGCGGAGGCGGUGCUGCAGGUGGAAAAGGCGGGCGAUUCAGGGGUGGGCGACGAGCACCAGAACCCGAAGUCACUGUUGUGGAAAAACCGCUCGCUGUAAGCUUAGAAGAGCUAUACAACGGCACGACGAAGAAGCUCAAGAUCAAGCGCAAGACAUAUGAUCAGAGCACAGGGAAGCAAAGUACACAAGACCGGAUUCUCGAAGUGCCUAUCAAGAAGGGGUUGAAGGCGGGCAGCAAGAUCAAAUUCUCAGAUGUUGGGGAUCAAGUUGAGGGCGGCACGCAGGAUCUUCAUUUUAUCGUCUCAGAGAAACCCCAUGCCAUGUUCACCCGCGAAGGCGACGACGUCAAGCACAUCAUCGAAAUCGAUCUUAAAGAGGCACUCACCGGCUGGCGUCGCACUGUACAGACUAUCGACGGCAAACAACUCAGCGUUGGCAGCGGCGGCCCUACAGGCCCCAACUGGACGGAACGAUAUCCCAACCUGGGCAUGCCCAAGUCAAAGAAACCAGCAGAACGGGGAGACUUUGUAGUAGGCGUCAAGAUCAAGUUCCCAACCAGCUUGACAAGCACGCAGAAGGAGAAGCUAAAGGAGAUUCUGUAGUUACAGAAGGACGCAGAAGGCUCUAUUUCUUGGUACAUGUUCUUUCUAUUUUCUUAUUUUUUCAUAAAUAUUUCGACGGACAAAA